AUGGAAAUGUUGGAAGCAGCUUCAUCAAACGUUAAUGUUUUAACAUUGGCUUCUGUUUCAUGUAUAUUUAUUAAACAAGUUUUAAGAAGAUUGGCUCUUUCAUCUGCUGUAAUCCAUGUAUUAAAAAAUAACCAAUUGGGAUUUUUCAAUGAGAAUUUAAGGCAACAACAGAACAGACAAGAGCUUCUGUAG